AUGCCAAUAUGUAUCGAAUGCUGCUAUCCCGUCUCCCAUCUCUACACCUCCUACAGCAAAGCCGAUGACCGCUCACUAGGCAAGGGAGUUCGGUUGACACAAUGUCCGCGCUGCAAACGGUUCGCGGACAAGUAUGUGGAGCAUGAUUUCGUGGUGUUGUUCAUCGAUCUGGUCUUAAUAAAGCCGCAGGUGUAUCGGCACCUCUUGUUCAAUCGACUUGGGAGGUCCGACGAUAAGUUCGAUCGCUCGAUUAUACGCCUCGGAACAUUAAUCUUACUCUUUGACGUCUAUCUCUCAUGGGCACGGGUCGAGAAAAGUUCCUCGCUCUCCGCAUCCACACUCUCAACAUCUCCGAUUAUAGUCCAAUACCUCUUCUUCCUCACGCUGAACACCCUCGCAACGCUGGCGCACCACAUUACAGUCCGUCUCCUUGCUUCUUUCUUGGUCCCGCGGCCUACAUUACCCACCAAUACCCGGAACGACUCCAGCCGGGCAGAGCUAUUCCCACCCAGCCCUACAACUCUCCAUCCCCAUCUCAACAAUUCCCCUUCACAGCCCCAUAAUCAGACACCUGCGGUCACCACCAGCACGGCACCAGGCAAUGGAGGACAACAGCAGCCUCAGCCCACUUCCAGCGAACCCAAUCAAAACCCCUCCGCAAAUAAUCUUCCUGCACACCCACCGCUUGUCCGAAGAUCGUCCACAUCACUCCUCCAGAUCAAUCCCAUGCCUCCCCCUUUCCCCGCCAGCCCGAACUCCAUAAGCACCGCGCUCCUCGUCAGCAGCUGCACCAAACUCUUCCCAAUCUUCCUCGUGAUCUGGAGCCCAGAAACACCGGACGCCAACAACACAACCACCGCAGCGUCGGGGUCAGCCACAGGAAUCAUUUCCAGUUCCCUGGUUUCUACAGUCAUGAGCUACGCCUCCCCUUCCACUAUGUCUAGCAUCUCGACGCAACAACAGCAGCAGCAACUAACUCCUUCUCCAUCCCCAUCGCACGCAUCAAGUAUAUCCUCAUCAUCCCUCUCCUCCUCAAUCCUAGACCCGCUCCUCUCCCUUGUCCUCUCGAUUACGAAUACCCAUCUCGUUCUGCUGAAUAAUACAGAAGCGCUUUUCAUACUGCUUGAUUGCGGGUAUAUACGGGCAGCGAUGCUGGCGCUGGGUGGCCAGUUCGCGAGAUGGGUUGUUGAAAAGACACUGUUGGGGGUGGUGGGAUUGUGA